AUGGAACUCGGCGACUACGAGACCGAGCUGUACGAAAUACUUGUAGCUACCGAGGAGGAUGCGAGACACGUCUGGGAUCGGCUGAGCCAGAUCCCCGAAGCGAUGGCGAGAGGAAAACGGCCGGAGCCCGUCGAGGAGGAAGCGUCGACGUCGCUGCCGAACCUACAAGAUUCACUGCGGCCCACCAAGCAGGCGCCACCGGAGGUCGUGGGGCUCGCCGACCGAGGCACAAGGAAGCCGGCCGCGAACACCAGCGGCCGCCUGCAGCGGUCAGACCAUGUAAUCCGCCGGAAGUGGGCAGGCCUGAUGGCACCACCACCUCCUCACCCCAGGCGAGGGCCCUUUCGCCGUCCGGUCAAGCAGCCGAUCAGACCGGCCCCAAAGGGUCUGAUGGCCACCACCAUCGAGGGGCCAACCGAAGAGCGGACGCCGGAGCCAAACGCCGGACCACCGCCAUCACCAGCGAGCCAAGGGCCAGAACCACCGAGGGAGGUACCGCCGUCACUGCCGCCGACUCCACCACCCGUGUUCGGGCCAGAGCCACCUCCACCAGUGGACAUCGGGCUGCCGAACGGCGAAACGAGCGCCGAUGCAUCGGAACAACCGAGGGCUUAUCAGCUACUUACCGUAACAUAUGGGAUCGCAUCCGCUCCGUUUCUUGCUCUUCGAGUUUUACAACAGCUGGUAGCGGAUGAAAGCUCGCCAUUUCCUCUCGCGUCCACUAUUUUAAAGGACAAUAUCUACAUCGACGACGUGUUUUUCGGUGCAUCUGAUGUUGCCAUUCUUCAAGAAGCCCGCCUUCAACUGGAACGAUUACUUCACAAAGGUGGAUUCCAGCUGCACAAGUGGGCUGGCAAUGACGUCUCGAUGAUGAUCGCUGCGAAUCAUUCAAGCGAGGGGUUCAUCGCUUCCAAAUCUUUCGGGCUUGAUGACCGCGUCAACAUUUUGGGAGUCGCAUGGAAUCCAGUUUCCGACGCGUUCGUGUUUCAUUUGAGCUCUCCUAGUUCGGUACCUCGCACCAAGCGCUCCAUCCUUUCGUUUAUUUCGAGGCUGUUCGACCCACUGGGAUGGGUAAUGCUUGUCACUAUUUGCGCCAAAGUGUUCAUUCAAACUCUAUGGCGAUUGAAGGUCGUAUGGGACGAUUCGCUUCCGUACGAUUCUUUUCGACAUUGGGAGAAACUUUAUCGAUCCCUUCCACGUCUAAACGGCCUUCGGGUUCCUAGAUGGACCGGGCAGCAAGCCGACGACGUUCUAAUUGAAUACCAUGGCUUUUCCGACGCCGUCGUGUUCGCCACGGUAGUCUACCUGCAAACUGUAUCUCGUUCCGGCACUGUCAAUGUGGCUUUACUGACGGUCAAAUCGAGAGUUGCCCCGGUGGCCACCUUGAGCAUUCCUCGGCUCGAGCUUUGCGCCGCCCUGCUACUCUCGCGAUUACUGAAUUUUGUUCAAGAAACCUUUGCGCUCACGGACCUUCCGUGUUUCUGUCGGACCGACUCGACGGUUAUAUCAGCAUGGCUCAAUAAGCAGCCUUCAACGUGGAAGAGUUUCAUCGCCAAUCGAGUAGCGGAAAUUCAAGCCCGGACUCCUCUCGCUGCCUGGCGACACGUGCCGACGCACGCCAAUCCGAUGGACUGGGCGUCGCGCGGUGUAUUUGGCGACGAGCUCGGCAAUCUUAGACUCUGGUGGGACGGUCCAUCUUGGCUCAAGCAGUCAGAAGAAAGCUGGCCGCUCCCAGAACAUUCAAUCCAUGCGCGCGACGAGGAUCUGGAGCAAGUGCGGGUCGCCUCGCAUGUUUCAACUUCGACGCCCAAAUGGGAUCUUGAGUCCCGCUUUUCGUCGUGGACGAAACUUCUUCGCGUCACCGCCUACGUGAUGCGCUUUUAUCAUAAUUGUCUCGCUCGUGUAUUCAAAUCGAAAUUACUGACUGGGGCAUUCGUGACUGCCCCGGAAGUCCAACAAGCCCGCGUUUACUGGCUUUGUCGAAUUCAACGAGAACUGUUUUCGGAUGAGAUACAGGCGCUAUCUCGUUCUAAGCCGCUAUCGCCCAAAUCAUCACUACUGUCGUUAAGGCCUUUCCUCGACUCCGAUGGCUUGUUGCUAAUCGGCGGCCGGCAGGAGACAUCUAAUCUUCCAUUCAAUCAAAAGCAUCUAGUGAUAUUAGCUUCUCAUGCGUUAGUCAAGUCGAUCAUUGUCGGUGUAUACUUGCGAAUGCUUCACGCUGGGCCAUCUCUUACUCUUGCCACUCUACGUCAGGAGUUUUGGAUAAUGAGAGCUCGGAGCUCUGUCCGCGCAGUUAUUUGUAAUGGUGUCCGCUGCGCUCGGGAGAGAGCCAACACUCCUCAGCAGUUGAUGGGGAGCCUUCCUUUCCCCCGCGUCACCGCUUCGACCCGAUGCUUUGUCCACUGUAGCAUUGAUUACACCGGUCCAAUGCUGGUUCGUGCAUAG